AUGUUGAUUCUGAACGAAUGAAGCAGCUCGUAUAAACACAUUCAAAUGCAUCCCAUUGCGUACGAAUACAAUUGGCUAUAUACUACACGAGUCAAAUCGGAGUCAUUCGCUCAUAUUCCUUUAAAAACUUCAAUCAGACAUUUAUUUCGUAAAUUGUUGAAAACGCCGAGAUAUUUAAGAACUGAAAACGCACUUUUGAAAAAAUGCACGAUAUUCUUUGAACAGCUUGAAAAAUCCAUCCCUGUACAUCAGACGCUCUAUUGAUCAGGAUGGAGCAGAUAGUUCCACUCCUGGAAACAGAUGAUAAGCCGACUGGAGCGGCGGCGCACGCCCACACUCGCAGGCUCGAUCGUCCGUGUGUGAGCAGAGUGCAUUCAGCUUCAGUCAGUCUCUCGGGCCUUUGUUGCGGCGAUAGAAGCUGUAUUUGGAAUCUCACGCUUUUUCGUUUAUUCCAUUGCAUCUUAACUGCGACGUACUUGUCGAUUUAGAGAGAGGAGAAACGUUGAGGAAAUAAUGAAGCCGUCCAGAGUUGCAGUUUUUGCCAUCUCGGCUAUCGUCUUGUCCGUCUUGACUGACUUGGCGUUUGCUUCCAAGGGAAUGUACUCUCGUGCUGUUGUCGAGUCCUGCAGAGGCUGUCAGCUGAACCGACUGCCUGAUGUCAAGGCUUUCAUCUUGGAAGAUGUACCGUUAUAUGACAACGCAGAGUUCAAGCACAUCCAGGGGGCACCACCGGAAUUGGUUCUUUACGACCAUGCAGAGAAGGAAAUUGAGCGAUUGCAAAUAGGACUGUUGACGAGAGAGGAGUGCAACGAGCUGAUGUACGAAAAGGGCUUUAAGAAGUCCAAGCCCAUCAAGGAUGAGAUUUAAAUUGCCGAAGGCGACAGAAAUCUCCCCGAAGAUUCUCAUCGAUUCGAUUGACCGUUAAAACACAAUCACGAGAUUUUAAUCGCGCGAAUCAAUCCACCAAGUCGAUGUAAAACUUUCGUAUAACGCAAGCACGCAUUCAUUAUUACCUAUAUAUAGAGAAGAAGGAACCAAUAAACGAAAAAAAAGCUAACUCGUAAGACAAAAAAAAAAAAAGAAACCGUUGCACAAGAUGUAGAUUAUAAGAUAUGUAGGCACUUUUGAAUGCACCCGUAUGAGCUUUUUGGUUGAUCUUUUUAAACCGUAGUCGAGGGGAGUGCACGCUCUCCUCCUUGGAGCUGCAAUCUGUGAUAAAACCACUAGUAAACACGAAUUCGUAAUGCGACUAAAUUGUCCUGCAGCGCAGCGCAUGCAUCGGCUACCUUCGUCGUAAUAAGCAAACGUUUUCGCUCUUUUUUCACUGUAUAAUUACUGCUUAAUGAAGAAACGAAAUUUCCUGUCCAGGCGUGUCAGUAAUCAAACGCACACACGAAGCAUGUUUGUCUCUAUAUCCGCGUUGUCUAUCUCUGUACCAACUGCUCCGUUUACGAUCAUCAUUCCUUGAGAAGGUAUAGCCAUGCACCUGCGGAAAUUCAUUGUUGUGUGCUCCGCAUACUCUCAGUGCACGAAAUACUAAUUCAAUUAUAUCGACACUCAACUAAUCGUGACUCUCUCGAAUCAUCGGCUUUGAAAGCCGCGCGUUUCUGUAAUUAAAUAGCUGUCCUCUUCAAUAUUUAGAGAGUGUAAAAUGCAGCGAAGGUAUAACUUGUCUCGCUAAUGUUUCUAGUAUUCGACGCCGACAUGUGACGCAAUAAAUUUCAAGCAAUCUCUUAUAUUCGUUUGUUGGAUGUUGUGACAAUUUUUCGUAAACGCUGUAUACUCUGCUUUUGUUUGUGUGAAAAAUAUAUGAUUGCUGCGCGGUGCUUGUGAAAUGUUUCUUUUUCUCUUUGCGAUGUGGAUUUUGAAAUCAACUGUAGACACUCACGGUUGAUUGAAAUGUUAGUAAUUUUUAUUCAUCACUUGAUUUAAUUUACAAGAGCAUUAAGUUUAAACAGAAGUUCUUUUGUAAUUAUCUUGAUGAUGCGCAAUUUAUUUUACAUCUUUAUAUAAAAUGCACUCUAUAUCAACGCAACAAAAUAACGAAAUUUACAACAGGAUUUGUAAUAAAACUUUGAUAUAACUCUAUAGAUAAUCUGUAAUAAAUAAAGGCAUUAUUUUAAAGCUAUAA